AUAGUAUUUAAUUAAAAGGUUAAUGUAAAAGCAGCAGCGUGUGAUAACGUGUCAUUUCGAGUUUUUUUUUUACAUUUAAGGACAUAAAGUUGGGCUAAGUUAUAAGAUAUGGUGAAAAAAAGUCAAAUACAAUGACGAGAUGUUACGAUAGAAUUAAUUUUAAUAGGCACUUAAACUUUACUUGACGUCUAUUGGGUUAAAAAAAUAAAAGCCUACCACUAAGGGCUUCUUUGUAACUGUAACGUCGCUGCUCGUUACUUUAUUUGCGUCGUGACUGCUUUAAAGAGUUGUAACGUCAUUUACGGCAGCACACUGCUGACUUCGCGGUCCACUGCAAUCUUAAUAGAGACUGAGGGAGCACCAGUCCGUCCACUGGAGUGGAGGGAGACAGUGGAAAAAGAGCAUCCAGCAGAGCUUCUCUCGUCUGUCACCGCCGUCAAGUCAGACGUUAAAAGCUGGGGCACCACCGGAAUUGAAGUUCUCACUUUCAACAUAAAAGCGCAACUUCACGGAACGAAGGCUAGCCACGCUGGAAGUCGCCUCCUAUGUGGCCGUCGGGAGUGGGGAGCAGGCAGCCCUGCCCGCGGGAGUCUGCGCUGCGCAGGGCGGCCAUCAGCGGCAACAUCAACGCCCUGCCGCCGCACCACGUCCCCGGCCGCAGCGUCCGGGUCUUCAUCUGUGCCAACCCCGACGACACAGAGGCGGAGAGAAAUGCGCUGAAGGAGCACGUCUAUCCCAAACUACGAGACUUCUGCAGGGAGAACUAUGGAAUUGAAUUCCAGGUGGUGGAUCUGUACUGGGGUGUCGAUCCAGAGGAGUGGGACAGUCCAGAGCUGCAGCGACUCCGAAUGAAACUCCUGGAGGAAUGUCUGAAGACCUCGGCUGGACCGUGCUUUGUCGGUCUGGUGGGAGAAAAGUACGGCAGCAUCCGAGUGCCGGGGGAGGUGGAAUCGGCCGAGUUUGAGAUGAUCUUGGAUGCAGCUGUGGAGGCGGGGCUGGACACACACAUCCUAGAAGAGUGGUACUGCAGGGAUGAAAACUCGGUGCCACCCGCAUACUACCUCAAACCCAAAGCCCAAAUGCUCAAGAACUACCAGAACUCUAUGGAGCCAAGCAGCGCAGUCAAGACCAAGAACGACAAGGCCUGGAGGAACGUGUCAGAGGAGAUCAAGAGGAUCUUCCGAACGGCGGUGCUGCAGCUUCAAGAGAAAGGGACCAUGAAGAGCGCUCAGGCCAAGAAAUUCCUUUGCUCUGCCUUGGAGGAUGAAUUAGACUUUGCCCUUGGGAAACAAACGCCUGCCUUUCUCAGGAAAUGUGUCUGCUACAUUCGCAAGAUCUCCAACUUUGACCGCUUCGCCAAACUCCCUGAGAUGGCUCGCUACAUGGACAUCGUGGUCAGCAGCGAUCGGGUCAUGCGCAACCAGGAGGCCUACGAACGCCUCCUGAAGGUGCGGGAUGAGUUCAUCCCCACGGUCGUGGCCGCCUCCAAUCUCCGCGUCUAUUCUUCUGUCACCCAUUGCGACAUGAAGUUAGGCUACUCACAAGAAGUGGAAAGCCACUAUGUAGAAGGUCUGUGCAAGCAGUUCUACGAGGACAUGGUGGACAUCAUCCAGGCCACGGUCCAGCAGAACUUUGACACGGAGACUGACCCGCUGUACGACGAGAUCCUGCAGCACCUGUCCCUCUGUAAGUCCUACGCGGCCCUCUACGAGUACAAGACCGAGUCUCUGGAUUAUGUGCAGGAGUAUCUGAUGCCGUCUAAGGGGAGCAGGACGAGCCCUCUAGUGGUGUACGGGGGACCCUGCACCGGAAAGACGCUGCUGCUGUCCGAGGUGGCAAAACAGGCCUACACGUGGCUGCAGAAAGAGAUGGGCCCUGAAAGCGACCCAGUGGUCAUUGUUCGUUAUAUCGGCUCCAGCCAGCUCUCCACAGACCUACGAACCCUCCUCCAGAGCAUCUGUGAACAGAUUGCAUUAAACUACCGCUGCCUGAUUCACUUUUUGCCUAACAAGAUUCAGGAGAUGAAGGAACUCCUGAUCAACCUCUUAGGGGAACCGUCAUUCCACAGGCCCUUGGUCAUUGUCCUAGAUGCCCUGGAGCAGCUCUCUGAUGCCGAUGAAGCUCGCAAGCUGUGGUGGCUCCCCAUACACCUCCCUCGGACGGUCCGCAUUGUGGUGUCAACGUUGCCCAAUAAACACGGCAUCCUGCAGAAGCUUCGCCACCUCAUCCAUGAUGAGGGGUAUUACGUUGAAUUAAUCCAGAGAGACCGCAAAGUCUGCAGUCAGACAUUAAAGCAGCAACUGCUGGGUGUGAAGAGAAAGGUCACCUCAGGCCAACAGAUCUAUGUCAAUGAGGCACUUGCCAAGUGUACUUUGCCAAUGUUUGUUAACCUCAUCUACAGGGAAGUAGUUCACUGGAGGUCACAUAAAGAUGUGGACGAUAGGUCGCUCUGCUCGACGGUGCACGAAAGCAUAGAGCAGUUGUUCUACUCUGUGGAAAACAAGUUAGGCCAACGAUUUGUCUUCAGAGCACUAGGGUAUAUCACCAUGGCCAAGGCUGGGCUAACUGAAGUUGAGCUGGAAGAUAUCCUGUCCCUUGAUAACAUAGUUCUCGGUGAUGUCAUUGUGGCAACUUAUCUCAAAAACCCAUUGAGAAUCGCCUAUGACUUGAUUGCAAAGCUCAGAGAGGAGCUUGAGGGGUAUCUGGUGGAACGUCAGGUACGGAACGUCACUUUGAUGGUCUGGGCCAACAGGCACCUGCACCUUAUUGCCCAGAAGCUGUACCUUAGCAAUGAGGAGGACGUGCAUCAGAUGCAUAGCCUCUUAGCUGAGUAUUUUCUAGGGGCAUGGUCAGGGGGCAGAAAGAAGAUCUUUACCUACGAUAACAACCAUUUCACUUCCUUGAACAUUUCUCAUCACAAAAACCCUCACCAUCAGCAGUCCCAUGAAAAGACAUCUUCUGAUAAGUACUCCUAUGACAGACAGACUCCUGAACAACCUUGGGUGUUCCAGUGCAACCUUUUGGAGCCUGACAUUUUCUUUGUCAACCACAGAAAAAUGACAGAGCUGGUGUACCACCUUACCAGGAGUGGGCGUACAGAUGACCUCAUGUUUGGUGUCAUAAUGAACUUCAGCUGGCUCUACACAAUGAUCAAGAUUGGCCAGUUUGAAAAGGCUCUAACAGACAUUGACCUAGCUUACACUUACACCCAAGAGAAAGAGCUGAAGUUUUUAGCCACAACUCUCCGUAGCAUCAAAGUAAAAGUGCUGAAGAAUCCAGCGUCGCUGUCUGCAGAGCUGCAGCAAAGACUUUUGCCAGUUGUCACCUCUCUGCCUAAACUCAGACACCUCCUUCUGGAGUGUGACAAAGAUGGCCCAAAGUACUGCUCUAUUGUGCCUCUCCACUCCUCUAUGGAUGUUACUUACAGUCCAGAGAGGCUUCCUCUUUGCUCCAGCUACAUGCAGAUUGUGGAGAUCUUGCCCACUCUAGCCCCAAACAUAGUCCUCGUAGCACUGGAAGAUGGAUCUGUCAGCACCUGGGAUGUAGAGAGCAGGCAACUUCUACGGCAGAUCGACACAGCCAGAUCUGUUGUGCUGGGAAUCAGGUUGACCUCUGAUGAGAAGUAUCUGGUUGUGGCCACAACUAAAAACACACUGCUCAUCUAUGAUAAUCACAAGUCCUGCCUUUUAUCUGAGGUUGAAAUCAAGGGCUCCAAGCAUGCUGGCAUCACUGGUGGCGUUGCCUUCAUUAAUGGUUUUACUUUAUCUACCCAUCAUGCUUUGGCAUGGCUUGAGGCUAGUAAAGAUGUGAACGUCAUUGACCUCCUCUAUGGUUGGCCUUUGUACCAGUUCCACUGCUGGUAUGAGGUGACUUGUGUUCAGUGCUCGCCAGAUGGAAUGUAUGCCUUCUGUGGCCAGUACCUCAACACGGUCUCCAUCUUUCAUCUUGGAAAUGGUGACAAGUUGGCCACUGUGACGUCUGAGUUUUCUGGAGGGUUUGUCAAGUCCAUUCUUGUACUCGACACUCUCAACCAAAUGGUGAUGAUUGACAAUGAAGGCAGUUUGUCCGUGUGGAACACCAAAGAGGUCACUAACCCGAAGCUGAUGGAGGAUUAUGAUUGUAGAGGGGAUGAGAGCGAAGUAGUGGGCAUUGAGUUAGCGGAAGACCAGCGUUCCAUUCUCAUUUGCAAGGCUAGAAGUAUAGAGGUGCUGGACACAAAAGUAUGGAAAAUGGUAGAAAAGUUUAAAGCCAAACGUAGUGAACGCUUUGUCGCUGCUGUACUCUCCAAGAAUGGCCAAAGCAUUGUGGCCUCCAUGGAAAAUACCUCCUCUAUCUUUGUCUGGAGGAGAGACAGUGGACAGUGCAUGGCUAGCCUGAUUGAGAUCUCAGGGGCUAUCGUGAAACUCAUCAAAUCAAUCCACCACAACUUGCUCCUUUCGGUUGCCAGCAGUGGAGUUCUGUCUGUUUGGGACAUUGAUAUCAUCACCGCCAUGUCCAACAUUGACAAAACAGGGAAGAAGAUCCAGACCUUGCAGCUGUCUGGCAGAGAGGACUAUGUGUUUACCAUGGACGGCUCAGAAGCUGUCCACAAGUGGAACUUUAGCACUGGCUUCAUUGAGACAGUCUUUAAGCACGAGGGCAUAGUAGAGAACUGUGUCCUAACCUCCUCAGGGGAUCUCAUGGUGACUUCGGAUGACAAGUCCAGUCAGUAUGUCUGGCAAACCAACACAGGAGAAAACAUAUUCCGCAUCAAUGGACAGAGAAUAUCACAAUUGUUAAUUACGCACAAUGACCAGUUUGUGGUGUCCCUUUGUGAGCAGAAUGCCUCCAGAGUGUGGAGGCUUGCUACGGGACACAAAGUCUGCAACAUCUUAGUUACCCUCCAGAAUGCACUGAUCACCACAGCGAACACUUUCCUUGUGGGAACGUCCAAAAACAAGCUUCUCGCUGUCAGCCUGUGGUCAGGCAGCGUAUCAAAGAAGUUUGUCUGCGAUGAUGGUAUUACCAUUGUCAACUUCAAACUCAUUCCCGACUGUCCUGACUGUGUAGUCUUCAUCACAUCCACCGAGACAGUCUUCAUCUGGAGCGUUGCAGAUGAGUCUGUUUGUAGGAGAGUCCAGUUGCCAGCCAAUUUCCUCAAAAAUCUAGAGGACUUCCAAAUCUCACCCAAUGGGAAAUUAGGAAUUGUCUCCAAAGGUGACGAGAAUAUUAACGUCUUGGACCUUCACAGUGGGAAGCUCAGGCUUGUUCAUGCCGCGGGUAUAAUUUGGCGUCAGAAGUUAUCAAGAGAUGGACGUUACCUUGUAUACAUAUGUUUCCGGAACUGUGACGAAGACGACGACGCGGGCGUUGUGUCCAACCUGAUCGUGAUGCGCCUUGCCGAUGGCAAGAGCAUUGGCACAUGCUCGCUUUACAAGACCCCCACCUUCCUGUCUCUCUCCCAGCGAGCGCUAAACAUCAUCAUCGGCUUUGAGGAUGGCAGCAUUGGCACGUACACAGUAGUGGAUCGUGUGGAUGCUGCCCUCAAGAUAAAGAUAGCAACCUCCAACAGCCGCCAGAUUGUCAACAAUGCCUCUCAGAAGGUCCGUCCCAAAUGCAGCAAUCAUUCCUUUAAGACUGUUGCCGACUGCAUUUGGAGAGAGUCGACAGAGGUCUUUUCCAGGGACAGCCCCAUCAACGUGUCCGACUCUGGAGAAGGUGAGUCGACAACACCUACGAAAAAGACUGAACUGCUGCAGUGACGGGUGGAGAACAGAGGAGCGGGAGGAGCUAAGGUGGGAGGGCGGAGACAGGCGACAAAGCUUAGAAUCUCUGGGGUCGCAGUUGAUUCUUGUUUACAGCCACGUGAUUCAGCUGCAGAUGUCAGCCCUAUGGGUAGUUAAUGGGCCGACCGGUUUUUAUCGCUGCACUCAAGUUAUGUAUGAAUUACUUCCAACUUACGACACACUUUGUUUUACGCAUUAAGACUGUUAGAAAAUACUGUUUUUUCAAAAGAAAACAAAUGUAAAUCGUGUGAAGUAUUAGUUUGCCAUUAUGUGUCCUUUUGCAUUUGAAGAACAAAGUUAUGAUUCAGAUGUCUCGUUCAAACAUUUACAAAGCCAUUCCAGUGAUCUUAGCCACUAUCAUCCUACCAUAUCUUAAUUUACAUUGUGCACAUUAAGCCAUACUGUUGUUCGUAAAAGAGUAUAUUCAUGUUUGUAUUAAUAUCAGGCUGUACUGUACAAAAUGGAAGAACUAUGAACAUAUGUACAUAUCUCUUUUUGGCUGCUGCAAUUUGUCCUUAAAAAAACAAAACAAAAAAGUUAUGUUGUGCUUAAUGCAAUCAAAGUGAGUGCCUGGAAUUUAAAAUGUUCUUUAUGUGCAGAUUACAAGAUUUAUGAAAAUGCAGGGAAUUUGUACACACAGUCUACGCACCGUUGCAUAAUACUUGCAUUGACGCCAGAUGUGAACGAUCAGUGUACCGGUCAACAACGCGGGAGAUGGAAGGCAUUGCUCUCUGUAACGAUAGUUGUAGAAAUUUCUUGGAACAGUUUACGUAAAUUGGAUGUGAAUUUGCCUGCAGUUCCAUCAGUUUGUCUGCUGUUCGUUUUUUAAGGGAAACACCACUAUUGAGCAUAAAAGUGUAGCAUAGCACCAUGCACAUUCACGCCUUAACCAGUGUAUUUGCUUUAGGUUUAGUGGCGUUUGUUCAAGUGUUUCAGUGUUAAAGAAAAGAGUGAUUAGCCCAGUGUUUCUCUGAAACAGCUCGGCCGUGUGAAUAUAUUUAGAAGUGUAGGCUGUAGGUGGAAGCACUUUAUAAGUGGUUUUUGUGAGAAAUUAUUAGAUUUAUUCAUAUGAGACGUAUAAAUUGUUGAAAGUGAUCUAGGUUUGUCUUAAGAUUUAUCUACAGAAAGACACAAGCUAUUCAGGCACUUGCAGGCUACAGCGGGCUCACUUGAAAUGCUAGAGUCUCUUCAUAUGUGCCUGGUAUCAUUAAAAAUGUCGAUGCUGUCGUUUUAGCAGCUGACGUCAUAGUGGAACAGCUUUGGUAAUCGGUGGUAUUAAAUUUGGGUCGGUACUUGAGAUUGUUUGUCACCCUGUGUAAAACACCUUGGACAAGACGCUGAAGAUUGUGAAUGUGGAGGAAAAAUGUAUCUUGUGGUGGAUAUUUCAGCACAGAUCUAAAGCAGAAGUUACAUUUUAAAUGUACAUUUUUAAGUUGGACUUUUUGCUUUUAUUUCAAAUUGCGUGCCACGUUGACACUGUUACAUUUUUCUUACACAUUCACCAACUUUAGUUUUCAUGCUGUUUUUUUUUCACAACUUCUCAGAAGGCGAUUUCUAAAUUCUUUCUGAACUCUAUUAAAGUCAUUCUAGGAGAAAAUCUCACCACUCAGCAGCCAUCUUGCUAACACCUCCGGGCCCUUAAAACUAGUGCUAACAAGACCAACCCCUUAUCUAAGUCAGUGGGAAGAGACCCAUUACUUUAAUCCUGUCGAGGCCACUUCAGUCAGAAUUGGAUUUGUAUCCUGUCCUCAGUAACUUUUAUAUGGUCCAAGGUGCCUGGGACCUUCCAGCCCGUCCAUAUGUUGAAAGCAGGGAGGGGAGCACCAACACCUCCUUAACAGGGGAGACUGAGCACCAGUGGCAUUAGACAGAGUUGGCCAAUAGUGGGUUCCAAAGAAUCUUGCAGAUGUAAUAGUGCACCCUAACUGAAGGUUACUUUCAGCCACUCCUUUAUUCAAACGGGGUCCCAGCGGGUAGUUCCACAUAUUUGAUUUGGCAGAUGUUUAUGCCGGCAACUGCCGAGGCAUUUGUGUCUCCUCCCAGGAUCAAACUAGGGAUCUUUCUCUUUCUAGAAAAAAGUGGAAAGUACCAUAUUAUGGAGCCACUAAUUGAAUUUUGCACAUAGGAUGGACAGAAGAGAAUCAACUGAGCCAUCAAAUGAAGUGCAGGCAGAGAUUAACUGUGUGCCGCGCCAGAAGUAACAUUGUGCCCAUUUUCAGUGAUCACCUGCAACAGCAGUUACAAAGUUUAGCGACUUUACUUUUACUGAGUUUGCACAACUUUAUGGCUCAGUCUUGAGUGCCAAUAUGAUCAACAGUGCUGUAGUAGGAUUCCACUGUUUCAACAAAUCUGCAAAAAUUCCUAGAUAUUCCACAAUCAGUUGUAAGUGUGGGUGGAAAUGAGGAGUUUAGGAACCCCAGUAACACAGGCAGGAAGUGGCAGACUACCUAACAAUAAAAAGCGCGGUUGUUGAUUGAGCUCCAAACCUCCUCUGGCAUUAACGUCGGCACAAAAACUGUGUGCUGGGAGCUUCGUCGCAUGGGUUUGCAUGGCUGAGCAGCUCCUGUAGCUGUAGCGUGUUGCUGGCUCAGUACUUUCGUCCACGUAGCGUAUUUCUAGCUGCAGCUCUUUGGAGAGGUGGGAAGUACAGCCAUCUUUAAACAUUUGUGUCUCUCUCUGAUCUUUUUGACCCUUGCUUGAUAAAUCUGACCCUGAUAACAUUAUGACAUGUUAAACUGUUGAGAUCAGCUGACAGUCUGAAGGAAUAUUGGAACAUCUUUGAGCUCGUACCUUGCAGGUGCCAUGGGUGGCUUUUCUUUUUUCAAAGCAUGACUGUAAUUGAAUUUAUCUCAAGCAGUUUUGAGCUGUGGUGAGUCCAAACUUUACUGACGCAUGACGGAAACAACAAACACACACUUUCACUUUGACAUAUACUUUUUAAAGGGCUAUUCCAUCUUAUUCUAUGUUUACCAGUUUUGAAGAGUUAAGAUAAAGGCCCUUGGAUAAUUUCAAACUAAGUAGCAGCACCAAGCUUUAAAACACUUUAUUUCCCUCCGACUCAAGAGUUUAAAAAAAAGAUGUUCUUUCAAGUAAUUUGCCAAAGUCCCGAUUAUAGUUUGUGAUUUACUUUUGUCGACAGUUGUUUCUGAGGCUUGUACUGUAAUUAUAUUGUUACCAAAUCGUUUCAGUGUUCGACUGUGAUUAUGUUUAUGAUAGAGAAAAACUUGCUAUCUUUGCUAAAGAAGUUUAAAAAAAGAGUCCUCUUAUAAAAUAUAUCGGAAUGCCAGUUUAAGAGUAUAUUUGAAUGUGUCCAUAUGGAAGCCAGUAAAAUGGUAUUAUUGUAUGUUAAGUAACUUGAAUGACUUUUAAUAACUUACAUGUUUGCAACUCAUAGUUGACAUACUGGUAAUGAAUGUUUCUAUGGUAUUCUUUGUAUCGUCAGGACUGACUUACCUGUUUAGAGAUUUAUAUUUUCAUAAAUGUUGUACUUACAUUUUGUUACAGAGUUGUUUAACUGGAAAUUCAAAGAGAAAAAGAAACUUACGUCUGAAGCAAUAUGAACCUAGUGUGUAUGCAUUGUUUGUAUGAAACAUUUUAAUGUAAUAAAAUGGUUCACUUUUUGCCUCCA